AUGUCUGAUACUAGGAAGUAUCUAUCAGGACAUGAUAAGCGGAAAAAAAGAAAAAGAGUUGAAGAAUUUAUUGAGUCUCAAAGAGGGGCAAUUGACAGAUUUAUUGUAAAAGAAUCGAAAAAUUCAUCACUAGAAGAUUUGGUUAAUGAAGAAAAACAAGAAAACAAUGAUAAUGAAUUACAUGAAGGCUUAGCCAUUGAAAAUGAUAUAGAGGGAGAUGUGAAUGAGAUUGAAGACAAUGAAAGUGGUGAUAACUUAGACUUUAAAAAUAAUUAUUCUGAAAGUGAUAAUGAUGCUAUUAAUGAAGUGAAUGAAGAACCAAGUUCAUCAAUUCCACUUGACAUUUUUGAUCCUAAAAAUUUGGAGAAUUUAGAUCCCAAGUGGAAGGAUCAAUUAGUGGAAAAGGGUCCUAUAAGAGAUGUAUUAACAGGGAAAUGUCCCAAAGAUAAAUUAAAUAGACGAUUCUCUUCAGAUUUCUAUACUCGGAUUUUGCCAAAUGGUCAAAAGCACCAUAGAGAUUGGUUGGUCUACUCACAAGCACUUGAUAAAGUAUUUUGUUUUUGUUGCAAGUUGUUCAAAAGGGGGCCUCAACCAAGUCAACUAGCAAAUGAGGGAUACUGUGAUUGGGGGCGUCUUAGUAGCAGACUUAAAGAACAUGAGACAAGUAUUGAGCAUAUCAAUUAUUAUGUUAGUUGGUCUGAGUUGCGUAUCAGGUUAAUGAAGGGUACAACAAUUGAUCAUGCUAUUCAAGAUCAAAUCAAGAAGGCAAAAGAGCAUUGGAGGAAGGUAUUACAUCGAUUAAUUUCACUUGUGAAAUUUUUGGCUAAACAAAAUAUAGCAUUUCGUGGUAGUAAUGAGAAACUUUAUGAUGAUAACAAUGGAAAUUUUAUGGCUGCUGUUGAGAUGAUUGUCGAGUGGGACUCGGUGAUGAGGGAACAUAUUGAAAGAAAUACACAUCAUCAUUAUCUUAGCCACAAAAUUCAGAAUGAAUUGAUAUGCUUGUUAGCUUCUCAAAUAAAGAGUUCUAUUCUUGAAAUCAUUAAAAAAAAGCAAGUUCUUUUCUGUAAUACUUGA